AGGCUAAAGAAUGGGAUCAGUGUUAAUAAGAACAUUGACAACUGGAUUUUAACUCCAGUUUCAUUAAUCAGUGUUGCUGCAGAACAGUAAUAAUGAUGCAGUGGUUGUGUGUGUUUAGUCUGAUUCAGGGUAAGAGAUCAGACUCACCUGAACCCAGCUGUGUGUCCAUGAAGAGUGAACAGUCAAUGGAUGAGCCAAUAUUCUUUAAAGACACAGACUGUACUACUGAUCUGAGACUGCAGAAGAAGAAAUCAAACAUGACAGAAAAGCGUCAUUUGGACACCAUAUUGAAGGAUCUGGAGCACAAACUCAUCACUCUGCUACAGAAUGAACUAAAGAGAUAUAAGAAGCUCCUGAAUCCAGAUUACCCAGCAUGCACUAAAAGGGAGGUGGAGGAUGAGGAGGAUCAGAGCAGUGUCAGAGAGAAAGUGCUGAAGAUCACACUGCACUUCCUGAAGCGCAUGAAGCACACAGAUCUCGCUAACACAUUGCAAAACAAACUCGUCUCUGUGCACCAGCGAAAACUCAAAUCCAAACUGAGAGAGAAAUGUAAAAGAAUUACUGAAGGAAGCUCACAGCAUGGAAUCUACCCAGACCUCAUCACAGAGAGUAGAAGUGGAGACGUCAAUAAUAAACAUGAGGUGAGACAGAUUGAGACAGUGUCCAGGAGACCAGCAACACAGGAGACACCCAUCAAAUGUAAUGAUCUCUUUCAAGACAAGUCCAUCAGAAGUGUGCUGACUAGAGGAGUUGCUGGAAUUGGAAAAUCAGUCACUGUGCAGAAGUUCAUUCUGGACUGGGCUGAAGGAAAAGCAAAUCAGGACAUCACAUACAUGUUUCUACUUUCCUUUAAAGAGCUGAAUAUGAUGAACCAGAAACCUUUUAGUUUGAUGGAUCUUCUUCACCACUUUUUCCAUGAAAUAAAAGAAUUACGAUUAAUAGACUGUGAGAGAAAUAAAGUGGUGUUGAUCUUUGAUGGUCUGGAUGACUGUCGACUUCCUCUAGAUUUCCAGAACAAUGAGAGAUUGUGUGAUAUGACAGAAUCAGCCUCAGUGGAUGUGCUGCUGACGAACCUCAUCAAGGGGAAUCUGCUUCCCUCUGCUCUCCUCUGGAUCACCUCUCGACCAGGAGCAGCCAAUCAGAUCCCUCCUGAGUGUGUGGACCAGGUAACAGAGGUACGAGGGUUCAGUGAUCCUCAGAAAGAGGAGUAUUUCAGGAAGAGGAUCAGUGAUCAGAGCCUGGCCAAUAAAAUCAUCACACACAUAAAGUCUUUAAGAAGCCUCUACAUCAUGUGCCACAUCCCAUUCUUCUGCUGGAUCUCAGCCACUGUUCUAGAGAGAAUGUUGGGUGAAGCAGAGAGUGGAGAGAUUCCCAAGACUCUCACUCAAAUGUUCACACACUUCCUGAUCUUUCAGAUCAAACACAAGGACCAAAAGUAUUAUCAGAAAUAUGACCAUGAUCCUCAGCAAACCAGAGAGAGUAUCCUUGCACUGGGAAAACUGGCUUUCCAACAGCUGGAAAAAGGAAACCUGAUCUUCUAUGAGAAAGACCUGAGAGAGUCUGGCAUUGAUGUCAGAGAAGCAUCAGUGUACUCAGGUGUGUGUACUCAAAUCUUCAGAGAGGAGUUUGGGCUUUACCUGGGGAAGGUGUUUAGCUUUGUACAUCUGAGUGUUCAGGAGUUUCUGGCUGCUUUAUACACAUUUCACUUAUUUAUCAACAAAAAGAGUAAAAAACGUCUUUCAGAUCUUUUUACCAAAUCAAACAUGUUUGAUUCCCCGAAGAGUGCAGUGAAAAAAGCCUUGCAGAGUGAGAAUGGACACCUGGACCUGUUCCUCCGCUUCCUUAUGGGUCUCUCACUGGAGUCCAAUCAGACUCUCUUACGAGACCUUCUGCCCCAGACAGGAAGUAGCUCUUACAGCAAACAGGAAAUAGUCGAGUACAUCAAGAAGAAGAUCAGAGAAAAUCCAUCUCCAGAGAAAUCCAUCAAUCUGUUCCACUGUCUGAUUGAACUAAAUGAUUAUUCUUUAGUACAGGAAGUACAAUGUUACCUGAACAGCAGUAAUUUCAGGUGUCUCUGGGGAGUCAGACUCACUUCUGCUCAGUGGUCUGCUCUGGUGUUUGUGUUGCUGAACUCAGAAGAUAAUCUGGAUGAGUUUGAUUUGAGUAAAUAUGACAAAUCAGAUGAAUGUCUUCUGAGGCUCCUGCCAGUGUUCAAAGCAUCCAGAAAAGCUGUGUUGCAUCAGUGUAAUCUCACAGAGGAAAGCUGUAGAAUUCUGUCCUCAGUUCUCAAUUCAAACUCCUCCAGUCUGAGAGAACUGGACCUGAGUAAGAAUACCCUGCAUGAUUCAGGAGUGAAGCUGCUCUCUGCUGGACUGGAGAAUCCACACUGUACACUGGAGAUACUGAGAUUGUGUUACUGUAAUCUCACAGAGGAAAGCUGUAGAAUUCUGUCCUCAGUUCUCAAUUCAAACUCCUCCAGUCUGAGAGAACUGGACCUGAGUGAAAAUACCCUGCAUGAUUCAGGAGUGAAGCUGCUCUCUGCUGGACUGGAGAAUCCACACUGUACACUGGAGAUACUGAGGUUGCAUCAGUGUAAUCUCACAGAGGAAAGCUGUAGAAUUCUGUCCUCAGUUCUCAGUUCAAACUCCUCCAGUCUGAGAGAACUGGACCUGAGUAAGAAUACCCUGCAUGAUUCAGGAGUGAAGCUGCUCUCUGCUGGACUGGAGAAUCCACACUGUACACUGGAGAUACUGAGGUUGCAUCAGUGUAAUCUCACAGAGGAAAGCUGUAGAAUUCUGUCCUCAGUUCUCAGUUCAAACUCCUCCAGUCUGAGAGAACUGGACCUGAGUAAGAAUACCCUGCAUGAUUCAGGAGUGAAGCUGCUCUCUGCUGGACUGGAGAAUCCACACUGUACACUGGAGAUACUGAGGUUGCAUCAGUGUAAUCUCACAGAGGAAAGUUGUAGAAUUCUGUCCUCAGUUCUCAAUUCAAACUCCUCCAGUCUGAGAGAACUGGACCUGAGUAAGAAUACCCUGCAUGAUUCAGGAGUGAAGCUGCUCUCUGCUGGACUGGAGAAUCCACACUGUACACUGGAGAUACUGAGGUUGCAUCAGUGUAAUCUCACAGAGGAAAGCUGUAGAAUUCUGUCCUCAGUUCUCAAUUCAAACUCCUCCAGUCUGAGAGAACUGGACCUGAGUAAGAAUACCCUGCAUGAUUCAGGAGUGAAGCUGCUCUCUGCUGGACUGGAGAAUCCACACUGUACACUGGAGAUACUGAGGCUGGAAUGCUGCAGGAUUACAGGUGAAGGUUUUGCUGCUCUGGUUUCAGCUCUGAGGUCAAACGCCUCCUCACACCUGAGAGAACUGAAGCUGAGACUUAAUGAACCAAUAGAAUCAGGAGAGAAGAUGCUCUCUGAUCUACUGGAGGAUCCACACUGUAAACUGGAGACACUACAGAUCUGAUCGGAGUCCCACACACAGAGAAUUAUGAGAAACUCUUACAAAAAAACAUAAACAUGAUCAACAUGUUUUUUUUGUUUUUUUUUUAAUCAUAUCUGUUUUAAAUUGAAUGUAAAUGUAAUUAUUUUUGUACAAAGUAUUUUAACUCCAUACAGUAAAACUGAAUCAGAAUACAGACAGAAAAGUCUUUAUACUGAUGCAAACUGCUGGAAAAGUUCAAACUGGCUCUGAUGGAAUGAAGUCAGUACACAAAGUGCAUCACAGCUUGCUGUGUAUGGAGCUGAUUAGCUGUAGAGCAGUCAGAGGGUCCAUGCAGACCCUGUACACCACCCAAAGCUCCUGUACUGGACAAAUGGUCAGAAACCUACAGGGGUUACCUACAAAAGUGCAGGGGUUUGGUAGCAUUAAGGAAUCAUCGCAGUUAAGCUUCAUAACAUACAUUACAAUCAGAUGAAUAGUUAUAUAACAGUUAAAACAUUAACUUUAUAAAUGUCUCCAACUGUUGAUCUGAUCCAUGUGAUGUUCAUUAAAUAAACACUCUAAA